UGGCAAUGCACGUCUGAAUCAUACCAUCAUCAUACGACGUUGCUGUUGUUGCCAUGAUCAAGAAGUGAUUGAUAAAAUGCGUUUGUGAGGUUAUAUCUACCAAUUUUCCAUUGUUUAAGAAUUUGGUGAUGAGUGAAUGAUUGACAAAUUAUUAUGAGUUGACUCUUCAUCAUAAACGUUGUGUAGUGUAGUGCCAAGUGUAAAUACACCUUCAAACAUGGAUGUGGACUUCGAUAACGACCCUGUCGAUCAAAAUUUGCUGCAACUUUUCAGUUGUAUGGGAACAACUGACAAAGAUGAGCUAGUAAAACAGAUGCAAAAACUUGUUGGGGACAAUAUGAAUGCAACAACAGCUUCUUUUUUUCUUGAUAUGAACAAUUGGAACCUUCAGGCCGCAGUGUGCUCCUAUUUUGAUUUCGAACAUUCACUAAAACUGCCAUCUAUGAGCUUGGUCCGUGAUGAGCUCAGUGAUCAGAUUCUAGAAUACCCACCUGGCACUAUUUUUCGUCGUGUCUGGCAGGUGCAAAACACAGGUGAGGAGUCAUGGCCACUGGGCUGUCACCUGCAGUGGGCGGGGGGUGACUCCCUGGACGGCACCCGCGAGCGCAUAGCCGUGCCACCCCUCACACCCUGCGCAUGCGCAAACAUUGCAUCAGCUGAAAUUACUGCGCCCCUCCAGCCUGGCAUCUACAAGACAAAGUUCCGGGUGGCCACGCCUAGCGGUGCAUAUUUCGGAGACAUAAUUUGGAUGAUAGUGACUGUGAGCGAUGCGGCCGAGGCGAUGACCAAUGAGCUGGCCGAUCAGCUGUCUCACCUGAAUGCACUUGGCAACACUGUCGGCUUCCCGUCAACCAAUCCAGCCAAUCCGUUCAGUGCCAACCCAAACGCCAAUGCAAACUCGCACUUACAGGAUUCACUUCAUCCUGGCAGUAACGAUAACAUGUGUUGACCAAUACCCAUUCUGGCCUUGCGAAACAAUACAAUUUAUUAUUAUCUACGCUCAAUACGAAACCUAUCUAGAACGUCCAAGCAGUGAGCGAUCGAUUGUAAAUUAAGUAUUUUUCAAAUUGAUUUUAUCUACAAACUUUGUUUUCUUUUUAAAAAAUCAGAGCUAAAAUAGCUUAAAACAAUAGAUUAUGGCCCAGAUGAAAUUGUUGUGAAUGGAAGGAAAUAUGUUGAGAAAAUGUGUUUUUUUUUUUUUUAAUUUGUAUUCAAGUUGAUUAAAUUUUAACAAUAAUUUUUGUUUACUUUAUUUUCGGUUGAAAUUUGAGUUUUGAAGAAAUAUAAUGAAGUAUUCCCCACUGUCCAAGAUGUUAUUUUAAUUCUUAUUUUAAUGUAUGUAGAGUCAGUAUCAGAUUGAUGACCAUGUUUCUAGUUGAUCUUCGUUACUUGUUAUCCUAUUGGUUUCAUUAACUGGCAUUCCAUAAAUAUGAACGAUUUUUCAUUUCAUGUUUGAAACAAGGAACGAUCCUUCAGUAUCAUCAAGCUAUAUAUAAUUUGGACUGUUGUUUAAAAUUCUAUUCAAAUACAACUAAAAGUUCAAACUAAAAAUUUAAAUAGAACUAAUCUAUUGCAUAAUUUCUUAGCAAUUUAGUAGAGGUUACUAAAAAGUUGUUAUUUUCUUCAAUAUUGAUCUUUAGUAGGUUCUUAUGAUUAUCAUCGAGGUUAUUAAUUUUUAGUGAAUGGAUCGCAAUAAAUUAUGGAUUUUUUUUCAUCUUCAGGCUAUCGCAAAGAUAUUGAUCUCAGGUAUGCAUUUUCUUUUUAACGUUUUAAAUAUUCAUGUUCAUUUUUUUAAAGUCACGAUUGAAAUAUCCGCUGUACUUAGUGAAACUUACGAGUCGUAUCAAUGUAAGAAAGAAUUUUACUGCAAAAUCAUAAGAAUUAUAAUUAUAAUAUUCUUCAUUUCAAAAAACUUAAUUACUCCGUAGCAAGAAUUUAAAGCUGAGAAGAUUUCACUAGGUAUCAUUGUUGAUAGUCUAUUAUUAGCAACUGGAGUAACAAAUAUUGAACUGUUGAAUUUAAUUAUGUUCACUAUUUCCAUGCAAUGUUAAGGUAUGAUUUAUAUUAUUUUUAUUGGAGUAAUUUUGAUUAUAGAAUUAUUGUAACCUUGAUAGAAUGGUAAAUAAGUAGUGGGGUGCCUUGAGGUAAUAUAAUUUAUUAUCUAAUGAAGUAUACACUUUAAUUUCAAUCAAUGUAGAUAACGAUCCGAUAAAAUAAGAAAUUUAUUAAAAAGUAUAAUAUAAGCAUGAUAAGGAGUGGGGUGCCUUAACAUAACAGCCGAAAUCCCUAUAAACUACCACUUUGGACGAACUAAAACAAAUCGAAUUAAAUUAUAAUGAGGCCAAUCAUUUAAAACCUUAAAUCUGUAUUAUUGCACUUUUUAAAUAGAAUCUGUAUUACUGUAAUUUUUCAAUAAAGUCAAUAAACUUCAAAUUUGUUUAAAUAAUAGAAUAUAAGAGUCUAAAUACAAUAUCAUUAAAAAAUUGUUUAAUCAUAAAAUAUCUUGACCGAAUUUCCAAUUAUUUCUAGAAUAAAUAAUUAUUGUAAUAAAGCCCACAGUAACUCUAAUUAAUUCCGCAAAACUAGUCAAACUGUUAAAACUUUUCAAUAAUUACACAUCAAUUAUUCCCCCGGUUCAGUUUGUGAAGACAAAAAGUGAAACAAUAUUUAAGAAAAUAUAAAAUAGAUUUAAAAGAGUUAAGGCUAAGAACUAUUGAAUACAUUUAUUCUAAGAAAAUGUAAAUAGAGUGGGUAAUGCAGUUGAGAUAUGGAAUAGAGGACUUAGGCCUACAUUUGUUUUUUUUUUGUAAAAAAGUAUUUUAUAGGCAUUUCUGUUGAUGUGAAAAUGAUUAAAUCUCCAAUUUCUUGAGACCUCAUAAAGUUCUGAAGAUUUUGAGAGAAAACUAUGCUUGACAUAGGAGAUGGUGUGUUUAAUAGGUAAUUAGAUAUUAUAGGAUACCGUCAUCCUAUUAAAGAGGGUAAUUUAUUAUUGAUCAACCUAUACUAUAUUGAUUAUUAUAAAUCCAAGUGGAAACUUGAACCGUUAAAUAUUAUUUUUGAUAUAAGAAGCAAUAAAUGAACAAACAUUUAGCAUGAAGUUUGGUUGACUCAAUAUUUUUAAUCGUUUUAAAGCAUGUUUAUAUUACAAGAAGGUGUUAUCAGCUUCUGGAUUAUGCUAACUAGUUUUAAUCAUUAUCUGUGGUUUUUACGACAUUUCAAUUUUUUUAAUAUUAUCGCAGAGACCAAUAAUAAAGCAUCUACUAUCAACCACACCAAUUAAGUUCGUUCUAUCAAUUUCAUAUUGUACUUAUAUAUUCUUUUAUACUAACUCAACUAUUCUUUUUUAAUGAUAAUAGCCUUUUAUCUUUGUUCAGAACUUGAAUAUAAAACUAUGAAUGUUAACCAAUACAUAAUUUGAGUUUAGACUGGUAUUUUAUUGUAAAUAUUUCUAUUUUGUGUUGGACUGUAUUAGAGAUAGUUAUGAUUAAAAUAAUAUAGUGGGA